UUUACAGAACAAAUGAAAAAUCGUUUGUCGAAUUUGAGUCUCUUGCAAGUAACCAAUUUGUUGAUCGGCGUGCGACAUUUGGGAGGCUAAUUAAUGGAGAUAUCCGCCAUCAAGGUGGUGAGUUUGAUUGAAAUCAUUAAUGAAUGUUUCAUCAACUGGGUGGUGGUCGUCCAGUGUUGAGCACCGUCUAUAUAGGUCGUUUAUGUGCGCCAAUCCCAAUGAGUUGCAAUCGGCGUUCGACUUCUCUUCAGAGAUCUUCGAAAAGUGACUUUUCAUGAUCUGAUAAUUUUAGGAAAGCAGAUUUAUUUCCUGGAAACCGACGACGAUCAGGAAUCAGGAUUCAGGGGGAAAAAGUGUUUCUUGCUCGUAAAAAAUAACCCGACUCUUCGAUAUUGAGUGUUCUUGUUAUCCUAAAAUAGUGGUAGUGGGAUCUGAAGAGGCGGGGCAAAAAAAAAAACAAACAAAUUACGCAGUUCAAUUUCAUGGCGGGCUCAGAUAAAUUGGUGGUUCUGAUCACCGGUUGCUCCGAGGGAGGCAUCGGGUGCGCUCUCGCGAGAGCCUUCGCGGCGGAAGGGUGCGUUGUCGUCGCCACAAGCCGGUCUCUGAAUUCGAUGAGGAGCCUUGCGGGCGACCCAAGGUUCUUCCUCCAGGAGCUUGAUGUGGUCUCGGAGGAGAGCAUUCGGAAAGCGGUCGCUAACGCCUUGGAUGAGUUUGGCCAGAUCGAUGUGCUCGUGAACAACGCCGGGGUUCACCUGGUUGCGCCGCUCGCUGAGGUCCCCAUGUUGUCGGUGGAGCAUGUCUUCAAUACGAACGUUUAUGGCCCUAUGAGGUUAAUACAAUCUGUAGUGCCUCAUAUGAUCAUUAGGAGAAAGGGUAAGAUUGUCAAUGUGGGAAGCAUUACUGCUUUAGCCCCAGGACCAUGGGCAGGAGUUUAUUCAGCAUCAAAGGCUGCACUUCAUGCUUUGACUGAUACCUUGAGGUUGGAACUUAGGACCUUUGGCAUCAGUGUGAUUAGUGUAGCUCCUGGGGCUAUCAGAUCAAAUCUGGGAAAUUCUUCGGAAGCUACUUACAACGAAAUGCCAGAGUGGAAGUUCUACAAACCCUUUGAGGCAUCAAUUCGUGCAAGAACGGUCAUAUCCCAGGGCCCCAAGGCAACGCCAUCAGAGGAGUUUGCAAAGAAGACAGUUGCUGCAGUGCUCAAGAAGGAACCACCAGCUUGGUUCUCGUAUGGGCAACUUUCCACUAUUUUGGCUAUUUUCUAUUACCUUCCAUUGUCAAUCAGAGAUUACAUCUAUAGGUUGGCGCUUAAGUGUUAAAUUCCUCAGACAGUUUUAUGAGCAAAUGAAAUACGAUUGUGAUGUAGGAUGAUGGUAUUACCAUGUCCAUACCUACCAAAUUGCCAGUUGCCUCCUGGUUCAAGGCUUUAAGCAAAAUGCUUAUUUCCUGACUGCCUUGAUAAGUCACUAAUUAUCGGUUUGUUGAGUAAGAAACGAGCAUUUGGCAUUGGCCCUGAAAAAAAUAAAAUUUCAGUUUCUUUUAGGUAA